GGUGGCGUUCAAAUCGCGUGACUUCAGACGAAAAUACUUUUAACGCUUUUAGCCGUCAGCUCUGCACGUGAGAAUAUCAUAGUUUUCGCCGGUAUUCCGGUUUUUUCCUUUAAUUUUCUUGAAUAUUCAUUGCGAAUAUUAAAUUUGUGCCAUAAACGAAAAAUGUCUUACUGCAAAGAAGAAGGAAAAGACAAAAUUGUCUUUCUAACUCCCGAGGAUUUGCAGAAACCUAGCACACUCACCUUCCCCGAUGAAGAUGAGCCAGCAGGUCUUAUGCUGCCAAAUGGUGAUAUUAACUGGGACUGCCCGUGUUUAGGAGGAAUGGCCACUGGUCCGUGUGGAGUUGAUUUCCGAGAAGCAUUCAGUUGCUUCCAUUAUAGCGAUGCUGAACCCAAGGGCAGUGACUGCUUUGAAUCCUUUAAGGCGAUGCAAGAAUGCAUGUCCAAUUAUCCUACAUUAUAUGGGAACGAUGAUAAGCCAUCAGGAGAGGAGGACGAAGAAAACGAAGUGCCCAAAGAAGAGAGCAAAGAACCCUCAAAAGAAGAUUCAAAAUCUGAAGCUCAAGCAAAAACAUGAUGUCCAUUAUAGGAAUUUAGAGCUACAAAUUGUGUUUUAAUUUGCUGCAUCUCAUGUAAUAGCAUUCUAUACAUAGUCAUUUCUU